AUGCACAUUAUAAGAACGUCUCUUCUUCCUUCGGCAUCAAUGCAGCCUGGAAUUACAAACGACCCAAACACACAUGAUGACCGCCAUAUGCCUUGUCCAGUGACGCCCAAACUAUCUUGCAAACGUCGCCAACCUGAGCAAGGUCCAUACAACACACCGCAACAUCAGUUGAAGCGGCAGAAGUUGAACCCACCAGCACCAGCAUAUUGGGAUAAUCUGUCCGAGAUUUGGUUGACCAAACGCGCAUUACGGGAACUAGAUCAAAGAAACAGCUGCCUCAGACCACCCCAAAAAUAUCAAAAGCCUGUUUUUCAAGGAUCUUGCCUCCAGCUGAAGUCGCGUUGUGGACUUCAGCUUGCUGCCGACCCUCUCCGUGAUUGCUCCCCUGAGUGCUUAAAGCAAAUAAGGAGGUCUUCCAGACUGGGAGGUCCUGACCUGUCUGACCUUAGAAAUUAUCCAAACCCCGAAAGCAUACUCGAGCGGCCAAUGACAAGUAAAUCUGACCCGCGUAGUAGAAAGCGACGUGCAGGAUCUCCGUCAUCGAAGACAAGAAACACAGGACCUACCACAACCUCGAGAAGUUCCACGCCGUACAGUCGAAACUUUCAACAGAACCUAACCGACCACGGUAUCUACCCCCCAGAAUACAGGUACCCAAAUGGGGAGAAGAUGCUGCGGCCAAAUAACUGGGAUGAGAUCAAAGAGAGAUUGAGGAAUCCACGGCAGUCUCUAUCACCGUCAAGGUUCUCUGAGAAGGAAUUGGAGGAGUUCAGAGAAGCAGAUGCAUAUGCAUCAAAAGAGAAGCCAGUGACAACCACAGUGAUUCCAACUAUUGAAGGGGAUAUCUGUGAUUCUAAAUGCACUGGUGGAGGGUACUUGUUUGGAAAUCUUGCCCACCUAACUGAUGGCACACUGGCUCAAGCCAAACCAGAUCACUUCUAUGGCGCGCGCCCUGAGCAGCUCAAUCGUCAAAUCCGCAAAGAGCUUGGCAAUCAGAUUAUUCCUUCCACUCAGGAUGACCUUCCCAUCUUACCAAAUUUCUUUUUGGAAGCAAAAGGCCCUGAUGGUUCCCUUGCUGUUGCUAUGCGGCAAGCUUGCUAUGAUGGCGCUAUAGGAGCCCGAGGCAUGCAAUCACUUGAGUCAUACAGACAAGAUAAAUUGACUUAUGACAACAAUGCUUACACUAUUACGUCAAUUUAUCAUGGUGGUACACUCAAGCUCUAUACUACUCAUAUUUCAGAGCCUAGAGGUCCAGGGUGCCGUCCUGAAUAUAUCAUGACUCAGCUCUAUGGCUGGGCAAUGACUAGCGAUGCGGAAACCUUUAGACAGGGAGCAUCUGCAUACCGAAAUGCUCGGGAUUGGGCGAAGGAAAUGAGAGAUAAAUUUAUUACAGCAGCAAAUGAGCACCUCUCCAAUGCUCAAUUGCAAAACCAGACAGCUUCAAGUGUCGCUCUUUCUGAUGCAUUGACCGUGCCCGACGAAACUGAGUAUCAGGAUGCGCAAUGGAGCUUCGCGGCUCCUAUUGAAGGCGGGGAAGCAGAGUUUCAACCCCUGAGUAGAAACCCCAAAAAGCAGAGGGUUGAUUCCAGAGUUUCUCGUGAUCCAGCUAGCAAUAAUCCCGCUGCGUGCCCAAACUGA